AUGGUUGACCCCUCGGAUGUGGAGGAGCAGAGCAAGUGCAAAGGCCCGCCGUUGGACGGGCCGGUGGUGGUCAGCGAGGACGCCCGGCUGCCCCAACAGGCCGACGGCGCCGCCACGGAGGAGGAUGUGGACGCCGGGUUCGAGACGCCGCCCACCGGCAGCUCCGAGCCCAGCCCCUGCCACACGGCGGCCCCCGCGGGGCCCGGGGCCCCCGCCCAGCCGCCGCCGGCUCCGGCCGACCCGGACCCGGCCCCCAAACUGCACCUGGACCUGUACAACUUCGACUCGCCGGCGGCCGAGGGCAGCCGCUACGUGCUGACCAGCCCCCGCUCCCUGGAGGCCUGCGCCCGCUGCGGGGUCAAGCCCGUGGAGCUCCUGCCCCGCCCGCUGGCCGACUUCGCCCGGGAGGCCCCCGCCCGUUCCAUGCGCGUGGCCACGGGCCUGUUUGAGGUGUACGAGAGGGAGCGGCACGCCAAGCUGAGGCAAUGCAGGGAGGAGAGGGAGAGGAUUGUCCGGGAGGAGAAGAGGAGGAUCCUGCAGGCGGCGGUCAACAGCGCGUCCGGGUCCUCUGUGGACAAAGCGUCCCCUGGCCCCGGCCUGCCUCCCAAAUCUGGGACGGGGCCCUCCGGGGGCUCAGCUCCUGACGUGGGAACGUCCCCCAAAGCCGGAUCACCGGGUCAAAAAGCGGCUCCAGCCGCUUCGUCAAAAGCCCCCUCCUCCAAUCUCAGUAGCUCUCCAAAAUCGAUGGCCUCCUCAAAGAACGGGCCUUCCCGGGGCGGGUUUCAGGGAGCUGCCAAACAUUCGACGUCCUCCUCGUCCCAGCACGUGAAAGCUCCCCGGCCUCUCUCGUCCGGCCCCCCUCCAGUGGCCAGGAAGACCUCCAACACGUUUCCCAGAUCCUCCCCGAAGCCCCCCUCCUUCCCCAGGGCCAACACCACCUUGUCCUCGUCGUCGGUGUCCAAGCCGAGCGGGACUCCGAACGGCGUGGCUAAGGGGCCCUACUCUCAGCACAACGGUCACCCGGGGCUCCCCCCAAAGGCGCGAGGAAAGAGCCACUCGCUGGAGUCUCUGCAGAAAAGGACGGAGCCCGCGUGCUCUUCUUCGGCCUCCCCCACCACCACCGCCACCACCACCACCACCUGCACCUCCUCCGAGUCCGGGAACUCCUCGGCUUACAGCUGGGACGGGGCGCGGGACCACUGGGCCAAGGCGUCCGGCCCCCGGGCCCGCACCCUGGCCGCCUUCAACUCCCUGAUGGGCCGCAGCCUGAGCCUGGGCGACCUGAGCCACUCGCCGCAGACCACCCAGAAGGUGGAGCGCAUCGUGAGGGAGGUGAAGCGGCGGGGGCUGAGGGCCGUGUCCGAGCGCGACCGCAAGAUCGCCGCCCUGAUGCUGGCCCGCUACCAGGAGGAGGACAUCAUGAGCCAGACGCGCUACGUGGCCCACCUCCAGUGGGACAGCGAGCGGCGGACGGAGGAGCUGCGGCGGGGGCAGGAGGAGCGGGAGAAGCAGCGCGCCGUGCUGCAGUGCCAGCGCUCCUGGCACACGCAGGUGUCCAUGCGCCAGCGGAGGCUCGGCCGGCAGGAGCGGGAGUCGGCCGCCGCCCGGAUGCGGCAGGCGGAGGAGAGCGAGGGCCGCUGGAGGGAGCUGGCCGAGCGGCAGGAGCGCGGGCGGCUGCUGCGGCUGCAGCAGGCGGCGCGCGAGGAGAAGCACAAGAAGGCCCUGCAGGAGCAGAACCUGCGCGCGCUGGAGGAGGAGCGGGCGGCCGCGCUGGAGCAGGAGCGGCUGCUGCUGGAGGAGAGGCUGACCAUGGCCGAGCUGAAGAGGCAGGAGAGGGAGCACCAGGCCGCCGAGGACCGGCGGGGCCUGAACAAGGCCGAGAAGAGGCGCCACGCCGCCCUGAUCCAGGAGAUCGCCCGCCGGGAGCGGGAGGAGCGGGAGGAGGCGCGCCGGGCGGCGGAGGAGAAGCUGAGCCGCUCGCUGGAGAACUACGGGCACAUCGUGGAGCGCCGCGGCCAGGAGCUGAAGGAGAAGGCCAAGCGCGAGGAGCUGCAGAUCCAGAAGGCCCGCGCGGCGGCGGAAAAACGCGAGAGGCAGCAGCAGCAGCUGCUGGAGGCCCGCGCCAGGGAGGCGGAGAAACGCGGCCAGCAGGCCGCCAUGGUGGCCGAGGAGAGGGCCCGGGAGAGGGCCCAGCGCGCCGGCCAGAGCCGGCAGGAGAAGGAGAAGCUCCAGAGGCUCAACCGCCAGCGCGUGGAGGAGGAGGAGCGCCAGAGGCGCCUGGACCUGCUCCAGUCCAUCGAGAGGAAGCUGGAGAAGAGCGAGCAGAUCUUCAAGGAGAAGCGGGCGGUGCUGGAGAGCGCCCGCUCGGUGGCCCGCGCCUCCUUCCACGUGCGCGACAAAGUGCGCGAGGAAACCAACAUGCGCACCUUCGACAAAAUGGCCCUGGAAGCUCAGCUCAAAGCCAGCCUCGACGAGAAGAUAAACCCAUAG